CUUAACCUGCUGUAGCGAGGGCGCUAUGGGUAACAGAAACUCAAAUGAGGCGAACCAGUUCCUCAUCAAUGUCCGUGGGAGAGUGACCGAGGACACCAAGGCGCAGAUCGUGACGGCUGUUGGUGUUGAUCUCGGACCUUACAUGCGGCUGCCAGACUAUCCGACCGCCUUUCUUGUCUGGGCGUCCAAGGAUCAGGCCGAAGCUGCCAAGCAUCUCGCCUGUGUCUCAAAAGUCGGCGUGUAUGAGGGCAAAUACAAGGCCGGCAACCUACGGAUCGAAGACGUCGCCGAUGACGAGCCCAUUGACCUCGUUGUCAAGAUCGAUCACGCCCACACCACCGAGCAGGUCCUCGCAGAGUGGGAGGACGAGGGCGCAGAGCAUCAUGCCUCGUCGGUUGCUGCCUGCGGCGACGACAAGAUCGCCAUCACUGUGCCCGGUCGCUACGUCGCAGACUUUGUCACCUGGCUUCGCUCGGAGCCGCACUGCCACUACAUCGAGCGCAAGGCCCGCUACCGGCUCUAGACUCUCUGUCGCUUAAAAGUCGCAGUCCUUUACC